UGGAGGGAGUUUCAGAACGUACGGUGAAAUUAGUUGCAGAUGCUUGCGAAGACGCGGUGGAAAGAAAAAUACCGUAUGUCUCAUUAAAUUCAAUAAUAUUAAAGUUAAACGUGAUAUUUUUCAUCAAAUAUGAGAGCACUAAUAUAAGAUUCAAUGAUAAGCAAGUAUCGUGAUAUCUUUUGUGUGAAAAUAAGUAGAACAUACUACGCUCCACGACAGCUUACGCGUAACCGCCAAAAUUACGGACAGAAACGCCAUCUUGUGUAAAAAUGUUGACAUCUUACUAAAUUGGGAAAGAUUUUAUAAUUGUCGUUUACUCGAGUCUGGUGACUCGAUUUGACUAUUUAUAAGUGUUAAAAAAUGUAACUUUAUCCACUAAUUGACACAUCAACAGGUUUUUUUAUUACAAGAACUCUACAUAACAUAAAGUCAUCAUCAUGUUUUACGCACAUUUUGUGUUGGCCAAAAAAGGGCCGCUAGCUCGUAUUUGGUUAGCCGCCCAUUGGGACAAGAAAUUAACAAAAGCCCAUGUAUUUGAAACGAACAUUGAAAAAUCUGUAGAUGGCAUAUUGCAGCCAAAGGUAAAAAUGGCUUUAAGAACAUCGGGUCAUUUAUUAUUGGGUGUUGUACGGAUAUACUCACGGAAGGCUAAAUACCUUUUGGCCGAUUGUAAUGAAGCAUUUGUUAAAAUUAAAAUGGCCUUUAGGCCCGGCAUGGUAGAUCUGCCAGAGGAACACAGAGAAGCUGCUGUAACAGCAAUAACAUUACCAGAAGUUUUUCAUGAUUUUGAUACAGCAAUGCCUGAAUUAAAAGAUGUUGAUAUUGAAGCACAAUUUAGUUUAAACCAGUCUCGGGCAGAAGAAAUAACCAUGAGAGAAGAUUAUGGUAGUCUGGCUUUAGUUACUCAUGAUCAAGGAUUUGGUGAUAUGAGUUUUGAUGCGGAACCGCCGGAACUAUUAAGACAUGCUGGUGCUGUGGAACCAUCAUUGGAUCAAACUCAUAUGUUGUUCACUGACGGACCAGGGAUUGAAGCAGCUUUAGAACAGAAAGAAAAAGAACCAGUUCCCGGCCCAUCGGUGACGGCGCAAGCUAUGGAUAUAGAUAUGCCUAUUAGGGACGACGGUUUUGGUGGACAUCUUGGACAGGAUAUUAUAUCUGGAGGAUUAUUUGAGGGUGGUUUAUUUGAUGAGGCACCAAUGGGUGAAGUACCUGUACCUGAGGUUAGCGCAGUAACAGAAACACAAGAACCAGGUGUAGUCGCCGGAGCUGCACCCUCCGUACACGAUGAAUCUGAGGAAGAAAUGGGAGAUCGCUUUGGAGGACCAUCAUCUCCAAUGGGUGGAAUGAGUUCUGAUGAAUCCAGGCCCGUUUCGCCAGCUGUGGCCGGAGAAGAAGUCGAAGGAAGAAUAAGUGUUGCAAGUCGCCGUUUUACACCCGCUCCGCCUAUUCCUGAAGAACGUCCGAUGGAAGCUAUUGAAGAAGCACCACCACUACAGGACCAAACCACAUUGUUGCAUGAUGAAGAAGAAAGUUUUGCCCUGGCACCAGUUGACGCAUCUGCUUUAAAAGGAUUCACAAAAACUAAACGUAAACGUAAGCUUAUCGUGGACGAGGUAAAAAAUAUUUCUGGUGAAGAAAUGAAAGCACAAUUGUCAGACACAAGUGACAUCAUCACAACAUUGGAUUUGGCUCCACCCACAAAAAGAUUAAUGCACUGGAAAGAAACUGGUGGAGUUGAAAAAUUAUUUGCUUUACCGGGAAGACCAAUACCAGCACGUGUAUUGUUUAAGAAUUAUCAACGACAUUUAACAAGCAAAUCGUACGACCACGAAGACUUUGGACGUCUAGUAGGUGAAGAAGAGGGUAUGCCUUUGGAGCAAAUGAGAGAACCCGUAGAAGCAGAAUCGUUUGACCAAUCUAUUCUAAAUAAACGUAUGAGCCGUAAGCGGAAAGCACCGUUCGAAGAGGAGGUAAGGCCACCACCUCCAGCGCCAGCACCUCCUCCAAUAGAACUUGCCCCUGAAACGAUAGAAGUUCCAAGCAUAGCUUCCCAACCCAGUCUUCCUCCAGAAGAACCACAAAUACCACCUCCUGAAAUCUCUUUACCGGCGGAACCAUCAUUAUCCGAAAUCAGUGGUAUAGUGCCACCCGUGGAAGAAGCGGAAAUGACUCCAGUAGUUCCCGAAGCACCUAUGGUACCCACAGAAAUGCCUGAAAUUCCUCAACCUGAAGCUGUUGUUGCACCUGAAGAACCAGUUGUUGCCCCAGUCAUUCCAGCGGAACCAGAAGUUCCAGCUGCACCACCCGCGGAAAUGCCUCAAAUGGAGAACAUGGGCUAUGAUCAGGCUCAACCUCAGGUACCCUAUGUAGGAUAUGAUGAACAUCCUCCACCACCUCACACGCCUGCUAUAUCAGAAAGAGGACCAGCAACUCCAUGGAAUCACGAAGACUACGAAUUCCCACCAUCUGUAGGACCUCAAGAAGAACAACAAAUAGACGAAACGUAUGAACAGUUUGAAGAACGAGUUCUUAACAAGAGAGCAGCACACAUGUACCAAGUUAUAAAAAAUAAACUAGAUACCAAAGAUAGAUUGACGCUAUCGGAAAUGGCAUACAAAAAUAAUCGUAAACAGGUUGCACAAAAAUUCUACACCUUAUUAGUUCUUAAAAAGUUCCAAGUAUUAGAGCUAUCUCAAGAAUGUCCGUACGCUGAUAUUGUAGUCAACAAAGGACCAAAAUUCGAGAAUCCUGCAUUGUAAAAGUAUUAGUGUACUUAUACAUUAUCUGCUAUUGUGAACAAUUAUUAAUGGAAGAAUCAAGAGAAUAUUUUAUGGAUAUAAUACUUUUAUGUAUUGCAGUCAUACUUUAGGAACAACGACAUGAUUAAUUUAUUGUAUUUCUCCGAUAUACGCAUAAAUGUUACCUCUAUUUUUUCUUCUA